UUUUCCCCAGUACUAUUUCGAAGACGACAAACCCAAGACCCUCCUCUUCUUUUCUUUCUCAUUAUUGUAGAGUUUGCUGAUUAAAUUGUGCUUCAUUGGGAUUCAGGUCAUGAGGUCGAUCGAGAAGUAAGCUUAUUUCAGGGAAAUUAAAGGAGCUGGUUCCGGUCAUUACUUGCUAACCUGGAAUUAGUAAGCAUACAGAGGCGCCAUCAUUGCAAUGGAUCCUAAAAUCUAUGAAGCGGCGGCGAAAGGCAACCUGGAGGUCUUGGAACGUGAAAGUCGCGAUCCACUUGAUGGGUUUUUAACAGUUAAUCAAAAUACAAUCCUACAUAUUUGCAUUUCAAGUAUCCUCGUUGAAGAAGAGUUUCCCGCCGCUGGAGGAACCAACUCAGCCACAGCGGCAAGCUUUGUGAAAGAUGUACUGGACAAGUGCCCGUCACUUUUAUUGAAAGCCAACGCGGAUAACGAUACUCCGUUACAUGUGGCGGCAAGAUCUCGAAAGUGGAGUACUCGUUGAAGCUACUACGGAGAUGAUUGGAAAGCUGAACAAAGAGAGAGACACGGCCUUACAUGAAACUGUACGUCACAAUCACAUUGAAGUGGUACAACAGUUACUAAUGGAGGUAGAUCCAGAAUUUUCGUUUGGUGCUAAUGUUGCUGGUGAGACCCCACUUUACUUGGCUGCCGAGAGACAUUUUCCAGAUUUGGUGUCAGAAAUUUUAAACAAAUUCAAGUAUCCAGCUUGUGAUGGCCCCUUGGGUAGAACGGCUUUGCAUGCUGCAGCAUUUUGGGGUGAUGAAGGAAUGACCAAAAACAUUUCGGAAAGAUACGGACGCGCUCUAUGUAAACAGGCAGACCAAAAUGGUUGGACUCCGCUUCACAUGGCUGCAUUAUACAUGAACAAUAUUAAGCCAACAAAACUAAUGCUGGAAUUUGAUAGAGAGGUAGCAUAUAUGAAAGACGCAGAGGGUAGGACAGCUCUUCACAUUGCAGCUCAUUGCAACCACUCUUCCGUAACAGGAGAUUAUAUCAAAGUGUCCGGAUUGUUGCGAAGUGGUUGACAAUGAAGGCCGUAAUGCACUCCAUCUCGCCGUGAUGACCAACUGGCGGCCACAUGUUUCGCUAAUGAUCCAAGAUAAUUCGUCUCUCCGGAAUCUUUUGAAUCAGAAGGACAACGACGGGAAUACACCUCUCUAUUACUACUGCAAUUCUUUUCGGUACCACGAGCGUGUCCUGAAUUCUCCAAGAGUUGAGAAAAUGGUCUUCAACAAAGAGAACCAGUAUGCUUGUCAAGUCUUACGUCAAAGCUAUCAAACUGUUCAUGAUCAAUUUAAGGUAACGUAGUCUUUUAUCUGUUCAUGAAAUUUUCUUGGAAAAAACUAUUAAUUUUUUAA